AAACUUCUAAGCUUGACAUCACAAUGUAUCCCGCCAACAUUCUAUACUUAUAGCCUCCCCGACACAUAUCAACAUCCCCUCAUGUUCUAAUAAUAGCCAUAAGACACACACACCUAAAAGAUGGCUGGCAAAGGCGACAAGAUCGAGAAGAUCAUCGCCCGCCUACAGGCACGGAUCGCCGAGGGGCAGUUCUACGAAGCUCAGCAGCAAACCCGAGUGGUAGCAGCACGAUACACGAAAGCGACGAACUGGGACGCCGCCAUCAGCAUCCUCCACAAUGUCGCGCAAUCGCUUCUAAAAGCCGGCCAGGGCGGAAGCGGCGGGGAUCUCUGCGUGUUGCUAGUGGACAUCUACAAGCAAGCGGAGCUGAAGCCUGAUUCCGCUACCAAGGGAAGACUGCUUACAUGUCUACGGUUAUUCGAUAGCGAAGAGCCUACUCGCAAGAAAUACAUAGGGGAGAUGAUAUCAUGGUCCUCCAAAUUCGGCGAAUACCCCGCGGGCGAUCCCGAGCUCCACCACGUCGCAGGCUCUUUGUACGCGGAGGAACACGAACCGUACGACGCAGAAAGACAUUUACUUCUAGGAACGAAGGAUUCCGCUGAGGUUUUGGGUCGUUUGGAAUACGAGUGGUUUAAGGAAGACGACGCACAUACAGCCGCCUUAUACGCUGCCCGAGGCGUUUUGCCCUAUCUUCUCACAGGCAACGUCCGAGCAGCCAACACAUGCUACCGACUAUUUACCAGCGCUCUGAACCAGGACAAGCAAAACCAGCUUGGAAUUCAGGACGUCAGCAGUGCUAGCGCCGACAUACGAAUCUACCCUAGCAUACCUCUCCUCAACUUCAUAGGCCUCCUCUUACUCGCCAUCCAGAGAGCGAACGCGGAUCUGUACAAGCAACUGCAUAAUAAAUAUGCUACUCUUCUCGGAGAGGUCGAGCCAUGGCACGAAUCUUUAGAGAUGAUCGCCGAGAUGUAUUUCGGGAUCCAGAAGCCUCGGCAGAGCAACCCUCUGAUGGACAUGAUGAGCGGGUUCUUCGGUGGUGGUGGCGGUGGUGCUCCAGCAAGUGGGGGUGCGAAGAGGCCGGCUGUGAAGGCUCCUACUUCGAUGCCGGCGGCCGAGGGAUUAGAUUAGAUACCUACCUAGAUACCUGCUCUUUUAGAGCUACGUAGCAGCAGCAUCGCGCCCACCUAUUUGCAUACCUCUGUAGUUCUGAUAAUCAGAACCCUUUAGCAGGAUCAUCUAAUUUGUUUACUGCAGUCGUGGCUGUUCCUCCGGCUCGUACAUCCAGUUAUCUUCAGCCAGGGCGGCGACUUUCGCUCUCAUGCUAGCUCGGAGU